UUCGCUUGAUCAACACAACAUGCCUUCAAUAAGCAGAAGUUUCCGUAUGGCUUCAUCCGCCAACGAUGUGUGGGGGGCGAUUUUCGGUGCCACCUAUGUGUACCCGCUGGCCAUGCCCGCCCAUUAUGACGCCAUCCUAGUGACCGGCCGAGACGGUCUAACCGCCGGUUCGAUUCGCCAGAUCACCUAUGGAUAUGAGAUAGCGGGUAUGGUUAGGCGGGCGACCGAGGAGAUCACCGGGGUCGACCAUGAGAAUCGAACCAUUGAUUUGGGGUUUCGUAAUGACGAUGACAUCGUGGGCACGUUCUUUCGUUCCGCCUCCAUGGUCGUAAAGGUGGAUCCGAAUUCCGUCGGCGACGGCCCCAACAGCCGAGGUUCCAACAUCACCUGGACUUUGACCUACGCUUCCGAUUCCAAUGGCAGCCUCAAUUUGAAAAAGUUCGAGAAUGCUACAGCGCGCGGAUUCGAGACUUUGGACGCUUAUCUAAUGAACGCCUAAGAUCAUUCCUUUAUCCACAGAAAAGACGUACUGAAUCUUCGAUUUCUGUUUUUCGGUCUUUUUUUUCCCUAACACUUCUAUAUGCACGUUGGUGUGCUCAAUAAAUAAUCAAUCCAUAU